GCGUACGUGUGAAUCGAUUGCCUGUAAAUGGAGUAAUCAUGACCAGGUAUGGCUCGGUCCAACGGUAUUCCUGGAGGUCUGCUUAAGCUUUUACACAUUGACGGCCCAAAUAAGAAGGUAGCUAAUCUCUGAAUUACGAGUUGUAGCGCGUUAAAAGCGGCGCGUGAAGUUGAAAGGCAAGUUGACGCUGGACACUUGUGUGAUGAUGCCACGAGACAAUAUGACUUCCACUGUCCAAAAAAUCGCCAAACAGGCCCUUACGACUUUCCGAAACCCCUCUAUUGUCGGAGAACACAAUAAAGUGUUCUUGGAAAAUCAAAGCAAGCUGAUAAACCUGUUAGCGGAGGUCAGAGCGGCCGAUUUGAAGAUUGUACCGCGGAGCGUCGAGAGCGCGUCGAUGAUGCCGCCUCAGCGUCUCGCACCUCCCGCCACAUACAUGCACAUCUACGAGACCGACACCUUCAGCAUGGGGGUGUUCCUAUUAAAAGCUGGUGCUUUUAUACCCCUGCAUGAUCACCCGGGAAUGUACGGCAUGCUGAAAGUGAUCUACGGAAAAGCACGAAUCAGCUGUUUCGACAGGCUGGAUAAACCUAGAGAGGGAACCAGCGGGGUGCAGUUCAACCCUCCACUGAUGCCCUUCCAGAGGAGCUCUUUACGGCCUUCAGUGCUGCGAUCUGUGGGGGAAUACACGGAGGACAGCGGCCCGUGUGUGCUGUCGCCACACAAGGACAAUAUCCACCAAAUAGACGCUGUUGACGGACCCACAGCUUUCAUUGACAUCUUAGCGCCGCCAUAUGAGCCGGACAAAGGGAGAGACUGCCACUAUUAUAAAGUUGUACAUGCUCAUUCAGACGCUGCUGAUAGGAAUAGUCAAGCCCAGGAACAGGGUGAUCUGUGGCUUAUGGAAAUACCACAGCCUAGUGAAUUCUGGUGUGGUGGAGAACCUUACCCAGGGCCUAAAGUGUCCCUCUGAAGCACUCAAGAGAUUGUAUGUUAUUUUCUUAAAGGUGUAGUUCACCUGAAAAUGAAACUUUUGUCAUGCCUUACUCAGCCUCAUGUUGUUCCAAACCAAUUUGAAUUUGUUGGUAACCAGAUAAUUGACGGUAGCCAUUGACUUCUAUAGUAGGAAAAAAAAAACAUGUCAAUAUCGUCUUUUGUGUUGAAGAAAGAAACUCAUACAGGUUUGGAACAACAUGAGGGUGAGUAAAUAAUGACAUUUUCAUUUUUGGGUGAACUGUCCCUUUAAUACGUCAGAAUGGGUACUUUUAUCAAGACAGAUGGUUAUUUGAAAUACCUGUGUCAAUCCACUGCUGCUGUUUGGUUAUUAUUUUUGUGCAGAUUUAACUAAAGAUCAGUUCUGUUCUUUACUGGUCUGUUGCCUGGAGUCACACAGCAUGUGAUAAAUAUUUAAAUAUUUGUUGCAGAUGUGUGAUUAGGUUUAACAAAGGCUUCACGAUAGUUGAACAGAGCUGGAAUCUGAUAAUCUUGUUUCCAUUGCUGGAUAUUGUUUUAAUGCAUUAUGCUAUGCUAACUGCAAUCUGGCUCAGAAAUGUUUAGUAACACUCUCUUGGCACUGGAUACUAUUUUGAACACUCCUGAUAAUUAUAACGGUAAAGCACUUAGCCAAGAUGUAAGUAAAAAAAAAAAAGAAUGGAAAAAUGAAACUUUUAAAAUAUUAUGAAGAUUGUAACAUUGAUUUUACAUAAGAAACUAAAGUUCUGUUUUCCCUUUAGUAAACUUAAAAACUAAUAAAAGAUGCAAUGGUAA